AUGCUAAGGAGAAGGCUUUCUGUUCUCUCGACUUCAAUCAUCCGAAGCUCGAUUCACAACAAAUCCGCUCUCGGAUACCCAUCCAUCCAAUUUCAUCCCUUGCUCCCUUCUCACUCUGCCAACAUUGGUGCUACAUUUAUUCCCAACGCACACCCAAAUUUUCAUGGUCUUAGAGCUUAUAGUCUUCUGUGCUUGAAUGAUCUAAGAGGUAACGUUCCCCGAAAACAGAAGACAAGGAAAGGUCGUGGUAUUGGGUCUGGAAAGGGCAAGACUGCUGGGAGGGGUCACAAGGGCCAGAGAGCCAGAAAAGGUUCAAAAUUGGGGUUUGAAGGAGGCCAAACCCCUCUUCGUCGUAGGAUGCCUAAACGUGGCUUCAAGAACCCAUUUAGACUCAGCACAACAAUGACACAUGCCCUUUCUAUACUUAUGCCAUGUGUAAAUGAGACGGCAGAGAGAGGAACGGCAGGGCAAGGAGAAAGGAGAAGCGGAACGGUAGGGCAAGGAGAAGAAAAAGAAACGAACGGCAGAAAGAAAGAAACGACUCUUAUCAUGGACAAUUUACGCCAACAGAAAAUACAAAAGUAUGAAGAAUUUGUGGAUAAACGCUUGAAACCUGAUCUUCUUCAUGCUACCGCUCAGAGGGACAUGGUCUUUGAACAGCAGAAAAUUUUUGCUGAUUUGCGAAGAAACAUUGAAAACCUAGAGAAGAAUAGCGUAACCAGUCUGAGAACUAUGGUCAAUCUUGGGUCUGAAGUGUACGUGCAAGCAGAAGUGCCCAGUACACAACACAUAUUUGUGGACAUAGGUAUGGGAUUCCAUGUGGAGUUUACUUGGUCCGAAGCUUUAAACUUCAUAGAGAAAAGGGAAGAAACGAUAGCCAGGCAGAUAGAGGAGUACACUAAAUUAAUUGCUUCAAUCAAAGCUCAAAUUAAGCUGGUUUGCGAAGGGAUUCGAGAAUUACUUGAAUUUCCAGCAGAGAAACCCUCGCCACAACAGAUAUUUUGA